AUGGCAGGGCCCAAUUUGCAGGCACGAGGCUACCCAACGACCUCGGCUCUAGUGGGGAGCCGCAAGGCGCUGCGGCAGCUCCAGGGCCUAUGGUUCCGAGAGGAUGGCGAGCUCAUCGCCCAGAUCAUCGACUCCCUCGUCAUCUUCGAGGGCAACCAGGUGUCGAGGCUGUCCGUGCUGGCGACGAACCGCUUCGCUCUCGAAUGGGAAGGCCGCGAGCACGUCGGGACUUUGGAAGUCGACGCGCAGGCCUCUCUGACCUGGAGCGAUGGUGACGUCUGGUGGCCCUGGAUCGUCUUUGACGACACCGCCGCCCGGCACGAAUGGAACCACCGGGAACACUCCAGAGGAUCUCUCAGGGCCGUGGUCAAGAUCUUACUGUCAUGGGCUCGUACCGCGGCCUCGGCCGAUGCUACUGAGGUGGGAAGCCUGUCGCUGAGCUUCGCCCGCGAAGCUGCGGCCAAUGGCAGCAUCAUCCCACUGCAGCAGGGGGCCCUGCAGGAGCCCCUGGCCAGCGGAGCAAGCCGGGCCCUGGACUGCCACGACAUCCAUUGGGGCCUGGCGGGCAUCGGAACAGUGCGCUGCAACGGGAGCCAGUUCGAGGUCGCGACAGCGGGCUGCGUGCGCAGUGGUUGCCCCUGGCAUCGGCUCUCCUUGGCAGACGGCGGCACCACGUACCAGGCCCCCACCCGGGACCUGGCAGUCCCCGGAGCCGUCUCCCAAGCCCCAGACAAGUGGACGCCGCCGGUCCUUGCAUGGGAUGGCGCUUUGUAUGCAGCCCCCUUGGCUGCGGAUAAUGUCCUCCGGGUGGCGGAAGGUGCUUCAGGAACUGAAGUCACUGAAAUCGCGCCCGCGUCGGCGCUGUCGGGAAGCUUCACGAAGUACGGCGCCGCUGUCCUCGGCGGUGACGGCUUCGUGUACUGCAUCCCGUACUCGGCGCAACAGGUAAUGCGAAUCGACCCCGGCCUUGCUGCCGAGGGGAAUAGCUCGGCUCUUCAACUUUUUGGUGAUGCGGGGACAGCAGGCUACAAGUGGCUGCAUGGAGUGGCGAGCCAACAGGGCCCCAUCUAUGCGGUCCCCGCUGGGGCAUCGACAGUGCUUGUUAUAGACACGCAGUCGGUGUCCAUUUCUGAAUUAGCCAUCGGGCAGCCCCUGGCUGCCUCCCUGCAAAACUACAUCCACGCCGUGCUCUCACCUGAAGGCGACAUCUUCGGUGUACCGGCCGAUGCAACCUUCGUGCUGUGGAUACAGCCCGACAGUCAGGCGGUCACAGCCCUGGGUAGCCUGAGCGCUGACAGCCUCAAGUGGAUGCACGGCAUCGUCGCUGCCGAUGGGCGGAUCUACUGCAUGCCCGGCUCAGCCACGGCCGUGCUGCGGAUCGAUCCGUCCGCCAGCCCCCCGACCCUCAACCUGACUUUGGGCGAGGGUCUUCUGGACCCGCUGCUGACCCGAAAGUGGUCCCAUGCGGUCAACGCCUUGGACGGACGGAUAUUCGGCAUCCCGCAGGGCGCUGCGCAGGUGUUGGUGAUUGACCCCUUCACCGACAGCCAGGGCCCCAAACGUGCUUCUGCAUCGGCCAGGCUUGGAAGCCACCCGCAGCUCCUCGCGGCCGGCCGAUACGGGUGGCCUGCCUCCAUGGCACCUGCAGCAAUGGCCACGUCACCCGGGCAGGGAGAGGAUGGAGGCAAGGGCCCAGAGGGCCCAGAAGGCUCAAGGAUGGAGACGGAGAAGAGCAACCCGAUGUGGGAGGAGAUGUCCAAGACCUUUAAGGGCCAGCAGUUCUUCGACUGGGCCCGGUGGAAGACGGGCGAGGGCACCUGCAUCACGUCGCGGCAGUACCACGACCUGGACGACAGCUUGGCGUUCAUCCAGGACCUCCUGCGGCAGCACGCACCGCUGGAUGGCGUUUUCGGCUUCUCACAGGGUGCCAACAUGGCCAGCCUCAUCGCCGCGCAGGCGGUCGCCGGCCAAGGAGUCAAUUUCGGCUUCGUGGUCCACUGCUGCGCCGCAGGACCCGGAUGGGUGGAGCAGCGCCCCGAACUGUUCGCGGAGAAGCUGCCGAUGAGAAGCCUCCACAUCUCCGGGAAGGAAGACUCGAAUCCUGAGCUCCCGCUGCUGGCGCUGUAUGAUGACCCCGUCAGCAUGUGCCACAGCGACGGUCACAAAGUCAUCCCGAGCAAGGGCGGGAGAGAGGAGGCGGACCUCGUCGCCAAGACCAUCGCCGACUUUAUCCUGAGCCGGGGAGCCGUUUGA